GAAUGGCGCGCAAUUGCUCAUUUGCUCUCCGUCUGCCUGCCAUGCGCCACGCCGCCGGCGAGCCUUUGAAGAGUUCCGGCCGCCUUCUUCUUCUGUCCUGCCCACCGCCGUUCGCUUGCAAGGACGCCGGCCGCUCCGCUCCUACAGCGUCCAGUGCAGGGUGGCAGGAGAGGUAGGGGCUUGCUAUGGCAGUCAGUGCCCGGCUGGUGUUCGACGGAAUGGCUGCGAGGACAACACGUACGCCGUCUCGGCCGGCAAAAGCAAGCAACGGUUGUCAACACCUCUUCGGCAAAAGCAAGCAAGAGUGAGCGAAAUCUUGCUGCCCUCACCGGCCGGCUGCCAGAGUACCAGGUCCCCUCGCGUCUCCACAAGGUCAGUCACCACUCACCACUCUGCUAAGGCGCGCGUCAGUCAACAUCGGCGUGCGUGAAAAUGAGAGAUAAAAGCAAAACUGACUCUUGGAAAUUAGUGGAAAGCAAGACGCGUCAGUCAACACUGAAAUGCAGUGCGCAGCGCACUGCAAUUCUUUGCAAUUGUCUUUGCCUUUGUUCAGCCUGGAAUUAAUACCCCAUUAAUCACUCUCCAAUAGAACUACAUAUCAGCAACAGCCGCCGUUGCCCUUGCCUUGGGUUCUUGCCGUGUGCUCCUGCUCCUGAGAGUUGAGAGAGCAACGAUGGCUGAAUAUUUGGUUGGGCCACUGCUCUCCAAGGUGCUGGAGAAGGCUUCCAGCUUUCUUGUAGACAUGUACAAGGUGAUGGAUGGCAUGGAGGACCAGCGUGAGACUCUGGAGCGCUUGCUUCCAGCCAUCCUCGAUGUCAUCCAAGAUGCGGAGGAGAAGAAAAAUCAUCGAUCCGGUCUAGUUUGCGCUUGGCUCAAAUCACUCAAGAAGGUGUCCUACGAGGCAAUUGACGUCUUCGACGAGUUCAAGUACGAGUCGCUCUGGCGUGAGGCCAAGAAGAAAGGGCACCGCAACCACACUAUGCUUGGCAUGGACUCUGUAAGCCUCUUCCCUUCUCGUAAUCCUAUUGUCUUCCGAUAUAGGAUGGGCAAGAAACUGCGAAAGAUCGUGGAGAAAAUCAAGGAACUUGUCUCGGAGAUGAACUCCUUCGGACUCGUACACCAGCAGGAAACACCCAAGCAGUGGAGGAAAACUGAUUCCAUCAUGGUUGAUUUUGACAAGGAUAUUGUUAUCAGAUCUAGAGAUGAGGAGAAGAAGAAGAUUAUCAGGAUAUUGCUUGAUAAAGCUAAUAACACGGACCUCACUGUCCUUCCUAUUGUUGGAAUGGGUGGGCUGGGCAAGACUACCUUUGCGCAACUCAUUUACAAUGACCCUGAAAUUGAGAAGCAUUUCCCGCUCCGCAGGUGGUGUUGUGUGUCGGAUGUGUUUGAUGUUGUCACUAUUGCAAACAACAUAUGUAUGAGCACAGAGAGAGAUCGUGAAAAGGCUUUGCAGGACCUGCAGAAAGAAGUAGGUGGAAAGAAGUAUCUCAUUGUGUUGGAUGACGUAUGGGAACGGGAUUAUGAUAAGUGGGGAAAGCUAAAGACCUGCCUUAAGAAGGGUGGUAUGGGUAGUGCAGUACUAACAACAACUCGAGAUGCAGAAGUUGCUAGAAUUAUGGUCACGGGUGAAGUUGAAGUGCAUAAUCUUGAAAAUCUAGGAGAAAUUUACAUGAAGGAAAUAAUCCUGAGGAGAGCAUUAACUCUGCCAAACAAUGAUGAACAUUUUGGAAUUCUUUGUAAGAUUGUGCACAGAUGUCAUGGCUCGCCUUUAGGUGCAAAAGCCUUUGGUUCUAUGUUAAGUACCAGGACUACUAUGCAAGAAUGGAAUGAUGUAUUAACUAAAAGCAACAUUUGCAAUGAAGGGGAGGAUAAAAUUUUUCCUAUACUUCGGCUGAGCUAUGAUGAUCUGCCAUCACACAUGAAGCAGUGCUUUGCUUUCUGUGCUAUAUUCCCAAAAGAUUAUGAGAUUGAUGUGGAGACAUUGAUCCAAUUAUGGUUGGCACAUGACUUCAUACCACUGCAGGAGGAAGACCAUCUGGAAACAGUAGCCCAGAAUAUUUUCAAGGAACUAGUUUGGAGGUCAUUUUUUCAAGAUGUGAAUAAAAUUUCUCAGCGGGAGGAGAAUGUGUAUAGGAGUCAGCUCCGUGACAGAACAACGUGCAAGAUACAUGAUCUUAUGCAUGACAUUUCUCAAUCUGUUAUGGGGAAAGAAUGUCUCAGUAUAAUUGGUUCGUCUAAUUUGAAAAAUCUGAUGCGAGAACAUCCUUUAUAUCACGUUCUCAUACCAUACACCAGCAUUGCUCUUCCAGAUGACUUUAUGGGAAAUGAAGCUCCAGCUCUCCGAACUUUAUUGUUUCGAGGGUAUUAUGGUAAUGUCUCAACAUCACAUUUAUUUAAGUACAAUUCUCUACAGCUAAGAGCAUUAGAGCUCCCAAGAAGGGAAGAAUUACCAAUCAGGCCAAGACACCUACAACAUCUAAGAUAUCUAAAUCUCUCAGACAACAGUAAUAUCCAUGAACUUCCUGCAGACAUAAGCACAAUGUACAAUCUACAGACAUUAAACCUUUCUGAUUGCUAUAAUCUUGUUAGACUCCCAAAAGAUAUGAAGUAUAUGACAAGCCUACGACACCUUUAUACAAAUGGAUGCUCAAAAUUGAAGUGCAUGCCUCCAGACCUUGGACAGUUAACUUCCUUACAGACAUUAACAUAUUUUAUUGUGGGUGCUAGCGCUAGUUGCAGUACCCUUAGGGAAGUGCAUAGCUUAAACCUUUCUGGCGAACUAGAGUUACGUGGCCUAGAAAAUGUAUCUCAAGAACAAGCAAAAGCAGCCAAUCUUGGAAGGAAAGAGAAACUUACACACUUAUCUCUUGAAUGGAGUGGCGAAUACCAUGCUGAAGAACCAGAUUACCCUGAGAAGGUUCUUGAUGCUCUUAAACCUCAUCAUGGUCUCCAUAUGCUUAAGGUAGUUUCCUAUAAAGGCACUAAUUUUCCAACAUGGAUGACAGAUCUUAGUGUUCUUGAGAACUUGACGGAGCUCCAUCUAGAGGGCUGUACAAUGUGUGAAGAAUUUCCUCAAUUCAUACAUUUCAAGUUUCUUCAAGUUCUCUAUUUGAUAAAACUAGAUAAAUUGCAAAGCUUAUGCUGCGAGGAAGCAAGAGAUGGAAAAGUACAAAUAUUUCCAGCAUUAAAGGAAGUCAAGUUAAUUGAUUUGGAAAGGUUUGAGAGUUGGGUGGAAACUGAAGGAAAACAAGAAAACAAACCAACAUUUCCUCUGCUUGAGGAGGUUGAAAUCAGUAACUGUCCAAAGUUGUCUAGUCUACCCGAAGCACCAAAGCUGAAGGUUUUAAAGCUAAAUGAAAACAAGGCAGAGCUGUCAUUGCCAUUGCUUAAAUCCAGAUACAUGUCCCAAUUGUCCAAGUUAAAAUUGGACGUGCUUGACAAAGAAGCUAUAUUGCAGCUUGAUCAAAUUCACGAAUCAUCUCUCUCAAAUAUGGAGUUAAGGCACUGCAACUUUUUCUUCUCCACAAUCCCAUCAGAACCAAUAAUUGGGAUUUGGAAAUGGUUUCGACAACUUGUGUAUUUGGAAAUCAAGUCCAGUGAUGUGCUCAUCUACUGGCCGGAGGAAGAGUUCCUAUGCUUGGUGUCCUUGAAGAUGUUGGCCAUUUUUGGUUGUGUUAAUCUAAUAGGCCGUACCACGCUGGUGAAAGGUGAGCCAACUCGUUGUGCAACAGAUCAGUUCCUGCCAUGUCUAACGUCAUUAUCAAUUUGCUGUUGUGAUAACUUGAGAGAGCUAUUCGUUCUACCCCCAUCUGUCACCCACAUUCAUGUUUCUGGAUGUCGCAAUUUUGAGUUCAUAUGGGGUAAGGGGGAUAUAGAGUCGGAGAAUGUACAUGUAGAACACCAUGACACAUUUACAUCAUCGGAGCACUGCAAUGACCUUGAGUACAGAAGUGUACCAGAGCAAUCAUCAUCAGCAGUGAAUCAUCCUCUGCCAUGCCUAGAAAUGAUACAUAUCUCUUUCAAUGAUAAAAUGGUAGAACUUCAGAACCUACCACCGUCCCUCACGUCACUAGAAUUUCAUUCUUGUCCGAAGCUUCAGUCUCUAUCAGGGCAGCUGCAUGCCCUGAAGUUUUUGGAUAUUAGGUGCUGCAAUAAACUGGAGUCACUGAAUUGUUUGGGAGACCUGCCAUCAUUAGAAAGACUUUGUCUUGUGAGCUGCAAACGUCUAGCAUCCUUAGCAUGUGGUCCAGAGAGCUACUCAUCUCUUUCAACUAUUGCUAUUCGAUAUUGCCCAGCCAUGAAUAUGAAGCCGCUAUAUGAACGCCUUAGGCCACGGUUGGAUAUUCUUAAGGAAAGAGAUUUGUCACAUGCCCAUGCAAAAUGUCCUUAUGGAGGUGUUAUUCAUUUUUCCUUGGGUACAGAGCAUAAACGCCCGACAUUAUGGGAUCCAAAAUCUUGGAAAUAUGCUAUUCCUGGCUGUCGGUGAGCCAGCGCACUUCGGUGAUGACCUAAAUUUGGAGAAAUCAGGAGACGGUACAUGUUUGUGGAACUGAUUGUUUUCAUCUUGACUGAUCCAACCUGUUGUGUAAUCUGAAAAAUUGGUUUUCUGAUUAUGCAUUGCUUUAUCAAUAGGUGGCUCCAAGUAUAAUCAAUAUGUCCUCUUGAAAGGAAUCUCUGAUAUAUUUUUUUCUAGUUUGUUUGGGAUUUUUCAUGUUAUGACUAAUUGAAGCAGCUUGAGGAUCUCAGAUUUCAGCAGAAAAUAUUCGAACUUGCAAUCUUGUCUGAACAAGUACUCCUGUAUCCAUGUGAUAGUAUUGUGUAUUUAUCUUGUCUGAAUAUUUACACCUACUUCUUGCGAAGCACAGGCAUAGUCAGUCUUUCUUUUGAUGGUAAUUCAUGCAGUUGGUCUGGUGGUAAUCUGCUACCUCCUGCCUGCUGCUGGUAAUAGUAUCAGUUUCAGAAAAAUGAAGAGCAGAAAUCAAGCAUGGUUACUGUUUGGUCAACAGAUCAAGAUGAGCAAAAUCCAAGGCACUACGAGUUAUUUCUACUGGCCGAGAUCAAAGAUGAUGUACUCAUGCUGGAAGCGAGAAGCUCGCAUUUUUUUUUUCGAACGGUCAGGCCUUUGCCGACGUUUUAUAUAAAGAAGAAGGUGCCCCAUUUUAAAGAGAAAACAGGACCAAACCUUACAAUGCACGGUUAAUUAAGGAAAACUAGACGAAACCGCAACUGUCACACAACACCACCAACUAAUCUAAGCUACCACGACAACGAGAACAGGACAGCAGAACUCAACACCCAACCAAAGCCGCUAACAAGGCACAAGCUAGACAAACAUACGGCCCCCACACAUUGACACAGCCAUGGUGUUAUCGUCAUCACACCAACAC